UUCGUACGGCUGUCAAAGCAACGCGUUUUAGAUUACGAGAUCAGAGUCGUGAUCGAGGCUCGCGGCUACGAUGGCUCUAACUCGCGUAUAAUUCUCGCGCGGCUGGUACAGUUCGAAGUCACGAGCAACGUGGUUCAAUUCGACGCGAUUCAUGCGAAACUUGGCCAUAGAACGCUCGACUUAUCGAUGGUUUGACGUUCCCGGUUGUACGUCGAGUGUUCGAGUCGCCGAUACAGAAGCCGAGCAAGUAUUUAAUGUAACGUAUCUUCGCUGUAUCGUAAAGUAUCGGAAAAUCGGCGAAGAGGAAUCCCAUCAAACAUAGCUCGUCUAACGAUGUUUUGUCUAAAAGGAAGAAACAGUGGCGAUACGAAGCUUAGAGAGAUGUUGAGACAGGAUGAUUUUGGAUGGUGGUUGAGCAACGAGGACGAUCUAAAAUCGCCUAGAUCAACUCGUAGCAAAGAUCGUCGAUCGGUGGGAUCGUCGGAAUCGAUGUUUUCCUGCAUAGAUUCUGACGACAGCGAAAGUUAUGUCCUUGCGCAGGAAUUCAAACAAGAAUGCAAUUACGAGAAAAUAGAACUUACGUCGUUAAUUAACGAAGAUUGGGACGUGAAUCUUAUCGAGCUAGAUGCGAUUAAGAAAAAAGCGGACAUCGCGCCAUUUCUAGCGGAAGACGAGACACGGUAUUCGGACGAUUCGAACCCGAAGUCGCAGGACUCGCACGGCACGUGCUACACACCGGAAAGGCUGGUCAGAUCUCAGAAGUACCGAAUACUAGCGCCGUCGCCCCGCUACUUGUCGAUCUCUCAAAUGAGAGACGUGACAAAUAAUCCAUGGAAGACGUCUCACUACCGCCACCAGUUGGACUGUCUUAUCGACUCCAACCAAGAUGGUGGAAUGCAAAUGAAAACUUUCACGAAUCCCAAUCCGAAGGAAAUAGUGGUACCGAUAAUUGACUUGCAUCGUUGGAAAAAAUAUGAACGAAUCUAUAACGGGGACAACGGGACGAUAAACGAUAAAAACGAAACGAAAACGGAAGACAUGUCCGAUUAUUCAAGCAGUCUGAACGUGUCCGAUUAUUCGUUCAGCAAGAGAUCCAGUUGCGAGAGAUUGAAUGACACAUGGGAGAACAGUGGCAAGAUGGAGACACGCGACUCUUUUAGCGGUUGCUCUGAAACGACUCCGUUCGAAGACACUUCCGGUAUCCAGAGCAACGAUUCGAGCUCCAAUACCCACACCUCGAAUAUGCAAAACACUCCUCCUCUCUGUCUCAGUGACGAGUUGGCAACGACGAAUUACAAACUCGAUACCACACAGGGACAACGUUCUACUACCAAUGAGGUGGUAUCGAUUCUUGAAGUACUCGACACAAAUCCCGAGAAAGCUAUGGUUCUUCUUGAGGAAGAUAGUUUUCACGACAGCACGUCCUCACACGAUCAAUUGACCAGGCUGGCCUUGACCAUUGAAACGGAUGAGAAUAUGUCGGGAGUUCUCGAGAAAGAACAUUUAAUUCAUCUUCAAAACAAAAUAAGGAAACUUCAAGCUAGCAACAAAGACAUUUGUCGAGACAUAUCUAAUCUUCGAAAGAACUUUCAAUGUGACGAACAGAAAAUGGCAGACAUCUCGUCCAAUACCAGCAAACUACGACAGGACGUACAUGAUCUGCGAUAUCUCGACGACCUUUUGAAUCUCUUACGGGGAGAAUUGGAAAGGAUCUCGAAAAGAAAUUGGCCAUUUGUUAUAGGACGUAUAGGACAUCAUACGGAGGAAAUGAAUCUCAUCGUGUGAACGAUACAAAUUACUUCCAUUAUAUCGUUGAUUUAACGGAAGAUUUUACAAGAACUUUUGUAAAAUUGCGAGAUAAUAGCUCGAUACUUAGAGACACGGCUGAAUAUUUUUAAAAGACGCAAGCACGCUAAGAGCGUUUCACUGCCAUUGUUACAGUUAUUCACAACGACGUGAACUUAGAACAUAGAUUUAUAUAAUAAAUUCGUAGUCUCUCUCUCUCUUUCUUUCUCUUUCUCUCUCUCUAUAAUUGGUUGUCCGUCUACAAGAGAAAUUAUUCUAUAACGUUGUCAUCGAAAUAAAAUAAUCGUAAUACGAGUGCACGAGAUUUGAAUCGCGCGCGCAAAUAGAAAUUAGGGAAUAGAAUUUCAUACUCGUAUAUUACUUAGAUAGAUUUUUUCCCUUCUGAAAAAUGUAUUUGUAUAGAAAAUGUACAAUGUAUUUUUAUAUGUAUACAAUCGAUCAUUCUCUUUUCUUUUAUAAUUUCUUCAUUUAAUAACUUGUUCAAAAUCCUCAUAUUUGUUACUAUUGAACUGUUGCCAGUAUUAGUAUUAGUAUUUAAUCACACGAUAUACCGCAGGCAGGUGUUUACUCAAAAUUAAUACUUAGAACAGACGUUGUAUGGAUUCUAAGUUUCAUUUGGUACGUGUAUCGUUGCUCUAACAUUACAUACAAUUAGUAUGCCACCUUAUUUUAUCUUUUUCUUGCAUUUUACGAACUUUUCUAUCUAUAGCCAAACAUUUAUAAAUAUGUAAUUAACGUUAGACUGUUAACCGAGGAAAACAAAAUUAAUCCACUUUUUGAUACCUUAAACUUAAUAAUAUUUAUUUAUCCAAAAAUCCUGUAUUUUUAAUGUAUCAUUAUACUUUUAUUAUGCAUACUUA